AACACCAUACUUCCCCAAGAACUCUGGGAAUCGCCACAAAUCGUUCAUUCCAUCCGAGUUUCGUGUCAAGGAGCCGAAGCCCGAUUGAAAUCAACGUUCGCCGCCGUCCAUCGCAUCCCGCAACCGUGUCAGAAAGCACAUCGAGUAGCUAUCCAUGGGAGGGAGAAGUAAGAAAAGCUCGAAUAAAUCGAAUAGGAGGGGUGGUUCACGUGGUCGAGGCCUCUUUGUGGAAGGCGGAUUGUUGUCCGAUUGGGCAGGCUAUGGUUCUUCCCCUUCCCGAGGGAAUGGAAACUUGAGAUCCGCGAGUGGGAAUGGGGAAAAUCAGGGCUCGAAAUCCGACUCAGGAUUUGUGUCCAAAAGGAACGCCAAUAAAAACAGAGGAAAUGCUAUCGGUUAUCACUAUCCGCAGGAAGAUGAUGCAACUGUAAAUGAAACUGAAAAUCAAGGGACUAAUUUCGAUAAGUCAAGUCCUAUAGUAUUGAUAAAUUCGGGCAAGACGCCAAUUGUCGCUUACAUGGAUGAGGGGCCGACUAAGGAGUUUCAAAAUGUCAAGUAUCUGUAUGAUUCGACUAGUUUUACAUUGGAUGAAAGCUCGCAUAGAGGAUUGGGGUUCUACGAUGAUGGGGAAACACCUCUCGAAGGUGUCGGAACCUCUUCCAAAAUGGAGGAGAAAGAGAGCGAUCCUCUGACCGUAUCUUCCUCCGAGGAGGGUCGUAUGCCGGAGAUGAAAUCUGGUUCAAAUGCUGAAACGUCUCAGAAUGUGGCAGCUCUUGAGGAAAACCUUGGUUAUCUGGUUAUCGGAGGGCAAAAAAUAUACGUACACGAUACCAGCAGUGAGGAGGAUGAUGAAGGAGAGGAUGGAGAUACAGAUGAAGACAGCUCGGGCUCAGAUGAGGAGGAUGAUUCCUCUGCAACAUCAGAAGAAGAUGAUUCGUCGUGUAGUGGUUCGGACAUUGAUGAGGAGGUCGCUGCCGAUUACUUUAAUGGAAUUGGGGGUGUCAGAAAAAUUGUCAAUAUUGAUGAGCUUGUUGGACGUGUUCCUGAUGUGUCUGACGAUGACAGUGAUUCUUCUGAAGACAGCGACGAUGAAGCAUUGCCAAAGAUGGAUUCGGAUGCCUGUAUGGCAUCUUCAAGUGGGUACGGCUUGAAAAAGAUUGGAUUAGAAAGACAGUCUUGUAGAAAGGAUAAAAAGCUAACACCUGUCCGGUAUUCUCAGUCGUAUGAUCUGGAUGACCUUAUGUUUGUGAAAGAUCCGAGAACUGUGUCGGGAAAGAAAAAGCAUGUUACAAAAGUUAUGCAGUCUUAUCCCUCAGAAAUUCGCAGAGACAAAAAAGGCAGGGCUUUGCCAGGGGAAAAAAAGAAGCACCGUAAGGAAAUGAUUGCGAUUAAGCGUAGAGAGAGAAUGAUUCAACGUGGCGUAGAUCUUCAAAAGAUAAAUUUGCAAUUGGAGAGGAUUGUUCUUGAAGGCAUAGACAUGGAAUCAUUUCCACCAAUGCACCAACGGGAUUGUUCCCAGGUACGCAGAUUAGCCAGCAUUUAUCGCUUGCAAAGUGGAUGCCAAGGAUCCGGGAAGAAAAGAUUUGUGACGGUGAUGCGAACACGCCACACGUGCAUGCCGUCCUCAAGUGAUAAGAUUCGUCUCGAGAAGUUAAUAGGAGCAGGCGAGGAUGAUGAUUUCUCGGUUGUUGAUGGCAAGCCGGUCAGAACAGAUAAGAAGAAGGCUAAUGGUGCAGAAUCUUCCGGGAAAAAAUCAAGCAAGAACUCAGUGAAGGAAGCUAAAAAGAAAACAAAGAACAGAGUUGGAUCCUACGCGGCUCAGCCCUUAACCUUCAUCUCGAGAGGCAAUAUGGACGCUGAGAUAACCAAGUCCAAAUCAUUCGACGCUAAAACUGAACCAGUAUCUGACCAGGUAGAAUACGGAAAAUUCGAGAUGCACACUACUGGUUUCGGCUCAAAAAUGAUGGCCAGGAUGGGAUAUGUCGAAGGUGAGGGCUUAGGUAAAGACGGUCAGGGCAUGGCGGAGCCCAUCCGAGUGUCCAUAAGGCCUAAAUCCCUAGGGUUGGGCGCAGAGCUUCCGGAAGCUUCCAGCACACCGCCAGCCGUUCAACCCCGGAACAAGUCAGUCGCAUCGAGUUCCAAAUCCUCCUCCGGGGCAAAAGGCAAAUCAGCGAAAAAUGAAAGCCCUAGAUUUGUUUCGGUUGAAAAGCACAGCAAAGAAUUCUCAAGGCACGGUGAAACCGUUAGUCGCAGUCCAGCGCCCGAAAUCCGUGGAACUCGGCGUCAAAACCUGAAUUCUUUAAAGCCUCAUAUUAUGUAGUAAUAAUUCCGAGCAGUUACUCUACAAUGUCUCACAUCACUUGUUCUCUGUUAAUCAGUCAAGUCGAGCUAAAUACUUGAUAAUUA